AUGGACAUCGGAGGACCAACAGAUGUCCGCGUAAUCGACGUCUCAGACUUCUUACCUGGUCUUACCUACCACGAGCGCAAACAAAUCCGGGAAGAAGCGUCUAGCGGCGCGCUUCGCCUCCAAAGCCUCCAAUCGCAUCCACCACUGUCGUUUCCGGAAACAUCUCUCAACGGCUCAAAUUCGCGCUUGCAGUCUAUCGCGACUGAUCCUGUUCAAUCUGCUUCCACCGAGGCUGAUGCCAUCUCCUCGCAUUACCCAUCUUCCGACGUGUUCCCGGAGGCCGACUCUGUGAUGGCUCAUGCGGCGGCUCUCGAUGCGGGGCCGGGAGCGGAAUUUAGCAGUGCUUCUACAAGAUCAGAAGACGAGCACGGUGCAGAUGUAGUGCGUAUGAAGGAUGUGGAGAAGGGAGAACGGCGACAUGGCAGGGACGCCAGUUCUCCUCGGUCUUCGCACGAGAUGGACGCAGAAGAUAAGAAGCAUCGUGUGGGUCCAUCACAUGCGUUGUCUCUGAAUAAAGGCACGGAUGCUGCGAAUCUGGAGAAGGAAGAGAGGGACGCACACAAAGAUUUGUCUGCCACUGGGCGAGGUGGGAAGGACAUGGAAGUUGAGCAGAUACAUAACAAUCAUAUCGUGGGGAGUAGCUUCACCACCGGGGAGACAAAAGUGCUUGUUGCAUGCUAA